AUGGGAUCAUACGGAUUCCACUGCCGACUCGUGAGAUACUUGAUGAUUGGUGUUAUUUUAAUUUUGCUACUAAAAGACACAUCAACAAGCCGUGCCGGUGAUUCUUCUUAUUCUGUGAAAGUUAAAAAAUAUGUCUGCAUUGAUGCGCCGUAUAAAGAAACGACACUUCAUUCGUGUAAAAGUAUCCCGCGAAGAAACGCUCCUACGAUGGUCCAUAUAAACAUACAUGUUCCAAAGUUAUACGAUAAGUAUAAAGUGAAGGUUUCGUUGUUCUACAAAUUUAGUACCUUCCAACCAUUCCUGAAUACUAUCGAGGGAAACGCUUGUGAAUUCAUUCGACAUCCGCCACAAUUUGGGUUUGAAAAGCAUGUGUACGAUAUUAUUGAAGAAACCAUUCCAGAGCUGCUAGAUCCUUGUCCAUCAGGCAAUCGCACCUACAACUUUACUUGGUACCUUGAAGAUCGACAUGCGCCAAAGCACAUCCCAGCAGGAGAAUACAAACUGCAAUAUAAGGUAGUAGCAAAAACCGAUGUCACCAUGUUUGGAAUGGAUGUAUAUUUCGCAGUUCGUAAUACGGGAAUCGUUUCCGCGUUUAUGACCAAAUAA